AGUCAUUACCUGUUAAAAUUUUAUACGUUCGGUUGGUUUUUAGGACAAUAUAAAUACGCUCUGAGCUUGGCGAAUCACUAGAGAAUUUAUACAGGGUUUAAACUACGUCCGAGGAUCCUCCUCGAAAAGAUCGAGCAAAAAUGGGCUUCAUCAGAGUGAAAUUAAUUGAAGUCAAACCGGCCUCAGAUUGGAAAAUGUUUGAUCCGUUCUGUGCUGUACAUGUCAAGGAAGCCGUAAUGACUCCAGGACAGGGCAUUAGUCUAGUUCAAAAGAAAAAGACGUUUGUUCCGGAUUGGAACAAGUGUUUCGAUACUCAUAACUACGAAGGAAGAGUUAUAACAAUCGUCGUUAAAGAAAAACCGGAUAAAUUUUUGGGGGAAGUAACAAUAGGAGUUCAAUUUUUAGUGGACCAGUGCAAACGCGAGGGAUACUCUAGUGUUUGGCUGAACUUGCAGCCCGGUGGUCAUCUCCUGGUUCAAGUUCGUCAUUUUACUGAAGUUUUAGAUGAUCCAACCAAAGAAGGCAAGCCUCAUGAGAACCACAGUGGGCUCACAGGGAGAAGAGGAGCCAUGCGAAAACAAAAGGAGCACAUUGUCAGGGGUCAUCGGUUCGUCGCUAGGUUUUUCCGACAGCCAGUUUUUUGUGCAUUCUGUCGGGAAUUCUUAUGGGGUUUUAAUAAACAGGGAUACCAGUGCAGAGCCUGUCAAUUAACAUGUCAUAAGAAAUGCCAUGACAAGAUCCUUCACAACUGUACUGGAUCAAGAGGAGCUUUAGAAGAUGGGACUUUAAAAGAAAGAUUCAACCUUGAUAUUCCUCACAUCUUUAAAGUGCACAACUACCUUAGUCCAACAUUCUGUGAUCAUUGUGGCUCUCUUUUAUAUGGCCUCUUUAGACAAGGACUUAAAUGUACAGCAUGUAAUAUGAACAUUCACCACAAAUGUCGUAAACAUGUUCCCAAUCUAUGUGGGGUUAAUCAAAAGGAGCUAUCAGAAGCUGUCCAAGAAGCAAAGGCGGCAGUUAGAAAGAAAAAAAUUAGCAAUGCACAACAAGAAAUGGCUCUUGCACAGUCGCUAGCGUCACAGUCAAUCGACGACGAAGAUGAAGAAGACUCGGCUGACAUUUAUGAAGCGCUGUGGGACGCUGUCUCACCGAGAGCUAACGUGGAAGACAAAUCCAAAUUUAAUCUGAAACAAUGUCACAUAGAUGAUUUUAAUUUAUUGAAAGUUCUUGGAAAAGGAAGCUUUGGGAAGGUUCUCCUGUGCGAAUUGAAAGGAGCAAACAAGUAUUUCGCCAUCAAAGCGCUCAAAAAAGAUGUCGUCCUUGAAGAUGAUGACGUCGAGUGUACGUUAGUUGAACGUCGAGUGUUGGCCUUAGCGACAAGACAUCCUUUCUUAACUCACAUGCACUCAGCAUUCCAGUCGAUAGAUCAUUUGUUCUUUGUAAUGGAGUACCUUAAUGGUGGUGAUCUUAUGUUCCACAUUCAAUCUUCUGGGAAAUUCGACGAAAGGAGAUCGAGGUUUUAUGCUGCAGAAAUUGUUUGUGGUUUGGAGUUCCUACACGAACUUGGCGUUGUUUACCGUGACUUGAAGCUAGACAACAUCUUGUUGGACAGUGAAGGACACAUCAAACUAGCAGAUUUUGGAAUGUGCAAAGAGAAUGUUCUAGAUGGAAAGAAAGCCUCGACAUUUUGCGGAACACCUGACUACAUCGCACCAGAGAUCCUGAAAAACUGGAAAUAUGAUUCCUCGGUGGACUGGUGGUCAUUUGCUGUUCUUCUUUAUGAAAUGUUGAUAGGACAGUCUCCAUUUGCCGGAGAAGACGAAGAAGACCUGUUCGAUUCUAUUUGUCGUGAUAAGGUCCAUUAUCCCAAAUGGAUAUCUGAUGAUGCUGUAUCGAUUCUAGUUCAGUUGUUUGAAAGAACUCCAAUUGAAAGACUUGGAUAUAGACAUGGCACCAAUCCCAACAUCAGGGGACAUAAGUUCUUCAGGACAAUUAAUUGGACGAAACUCGAAGCAAGACAGAUAGAACCUCCUUUCAAGCCUAAAGUGAAAGACCCAAAGGAUACUAGUAACUUUGAUCCCGACUUUACCAUGGAGGCUCCAAAAUUCACGCCAACAGACAAGGAUCUGUUGCAAUCCAUGGACCAAGCACAAUUCCGAGGAUUCUCGUUCAUCAACCCGUACUUCAACGCACAUCGAUAAUCAGUAUACGUGAUUAUACCCUACCAUUAGAACUUCUUUUACUGAUAUACAUCAAUAAAGAGGCUUUGCACCAUCACAUGCCGACGCCCAUAAUACAGCUUGGACUGAUUGUGGUUGGAUGGUAGAAGAAUAAAAUCCCUUUGCUCUUGGGAAUUGAAUUCUUUCUCAUGUAAAACCAUUGUAUUGUUCCUGUCAUCAAACAUGGCUGCCGUCACGUGAUGGUGCAAAGGUUUUAUAGCACAGUCACAUUUCUUUACUCAAAACCAUUUAGUAAAUGCACCGUACAAGAAUGAUUUUUACUUGGCCCAUGAAACAGAGUUGUAGGAUUAGUGACUAACUGUCAACGAAGACAAAAGAAAAAAAUGGAAUUAUUAGACAUGUAAUAUUCUUACGGGCCUAGUGAAAUCGCUAUAUAUAACAAUUUAGUUGAAUUUGACGAUACCUCCCAAACCGUAAAGUAACCAAUAGUCUCCUUCACAGUUCCCUGCGCCAUCUUGAAAGGUAACCAUGCCUUUUCAUCGAAGCGAGACGAACGGUGAGCUUACAAUGAUUCACCAUUUUCCACACAUCAGUUCACUGGUGAAACACAAAGCAUUCAGUCCAGGUUGCAAGGUUCAAAUUUGAAAGUGAACCGAUUUAUUAGACAGUGAAUAGAGACAUCAACGUUCAACUUUCAAGAUGGCGCAGGGAACUGUGAAAGGGACUAUUAAGCAAUAGAUCAGUUCGCAAUUCUUUGGUAACACAGAGGUUCUUCUCAGACCGUGAAAUUGCAGAAACUUAAAGGGAUUUCAAACGUACAGCACAAUAGCCAUGCUUCGGAAUAUUCACAUAUGCAAAUUAGGUUUCAUGAUGGCCGCUUCUCUUACACAUCAAACUCCAACGCUUCAUUUCCUGACUUUCCGAAGAAAAUUACUGAAUCUUUCAAUCAUACAUUUAGAAUAUAUUUCUUUAAUUUAGCUUUGGGAAUUUUUGAAGCAAGAGGGCGUGAUUUAAGCUGGAAAAAAAAAUUAUUAAGGAAAAAGUUGAAUAUUCCGGAGUACUGUAUCGUAAAGAUAACAUUAAAUGUAAGUCUGUUACACCUUCCAAGCCCUUUACGACUAUCAUAAAUACUAGAAACUGUUUCACGGUCUGAGGAAAACCACUCUAUAUAACAAGUACACUUUGGACACGUGGUCUACUGGACAUUUCCCCUACAGAGGGCCGCUAUGCAGGCCACCGGGCAAGGGUGCUAGGGUCUCCCCUUUUUAGAGAAAAUGAGGAAAAAAAUACAAGGCCUAGGUUAUUAGGAUUUUUUAUGCUUUGUUAGACAUGCAUUAUUUGCAUGUGUUGUGUAGCACACCUCACGAAUUCAGACUUGUUAAAUAGACUGCUUGCCCUAAAAUGUCAUAUAUGACCAUUAUUACCCUUGAUGUGGAAGAAAACGGAUUCCUCGAAUGUAGAACAUAAUUUGUUGCGUAUAAACAAUAGGUUUAUACUUACUGUGAGAUCAGAGAUGAAAUAUGACAUUUUAGGGUGUGAUUAAAAGUAGAAUUAAAAAGCAAAAAAUUUUUUGA